UUUGCUUAUGCCGUCAUCACGCAGGAACCCGGAAGUGGUCUGUUUGCUGUCAAUGCCAGCUACAGAGAGAAGGAGGCACUGAGAGCUAGAAGCCCGCAUUUAAGAAAAAUGGCAGGACUGCCCCGCAGGAUUAUUAAGGAAACCCAGCGCUUGCUUGCAGAGCCUGUGCCAGGCAUCAAAGCAGAGCCAGACGAAGGCAAUGCGCGCUACUUUCACGUUGUCAUCGCUGGACCUCAGGACUCGCCGUUUGAGGGAGGCACAUUUAAACUUGAACUCUUUUUACCAGAGGAAUAUCCCAUGGCAGCUCCUAAAGUACGGUUCAUGACCAAAAUAUAUCAUCCUAAUGUGGACAAGCUGGGAAGGAUAUGUCUGGACAUUUUGAAAGAUAAAUGGUCACCAGCUCUGCAGAUUCGAACAGUGCUGCUAUCUAUCCAGGCUUUGCUAAGCGCACCCAAUCCUGACGAUCCCUUAGCAAAUGAUGUUGCAGAGAAGUGGAAGUCCAAUGAAGCUGAAGCCAUAGAAACAGCCAAGACAUGGACCAGGCUUUAUGCUGGAAACAAAAAUGAAGUGUAAAGCAUCCUCACAGGUGGAAACACAAGUGAAAGUCAAGUGAACACAACUCAUGUGCUGCCAAGACCUCCUCCUGGCUUCAUUUGCAUUUAAAGGACACAGUCUUUUAUUUUUUAUAUAUAAAUAUAUAUGUGAAAACAACUGCUGAUAUUCUGUGAUUUCAAUGCACACUAGUACUGAAUGACUCGUCUAUGUCCUAACUCACUACUACUAUUCAAAUGCAUGGGCAGAGGUUUUAGAUCUACUCACCUGGCUUUCUUUGUCCAACUGGGAGGAGAGGGUGUCUGAACGUCCCGCAAAUCUGGGGGAACGUGGCUUUGGUGGACUGAGUGGGGAUGAGAGGUUGGCUAGAUGUGAAAGUUGAUGUACCUUCUUUAUGUUUCUUUUAAUUUAAUUUUAUUGUGUCGCAGUUUAAUAGAAGCGUCUAACUACAACUACUAGCCCACUGUAUACACUCGCGUAGAGGACCUU